GGCGGGGUCGCGGCGGCGCGCCCCGGGGGCGGGGGCCGUCCCGCCGCCGCCAACGCCGCGCGGGAGCGCAGCCGCGUGCAGACCCUGCGGCACGCCUUCCUGGAGCUGCAGCGCACGCUGCCGUCCGUGCCCCCCGACACCAAGCUGUCCAAGCUGGACGUGCUGCUGCUGGCCACCACCUACAUCGCCCACCUCACCCGCAGCCUGCAGGACGGCACCGACGCCCCGGGAGACCCCGGCCUCGGCGCCUUGCGAGGCGACGGCUACCUGCAUCCCGUUAAGAAGUGGCCCAUGCGAUCAAGGCUGUACAUCGGGGCUACUGGCCAGUUUCUGAAGCAUUCUGUCUCUGGAGAAAAAGCAAACCAUGGCGACCCUCCGGCGGCCUCACGGCCUUAGGCUGUCUCCUGGCGGGCUUGGACAAAAGUGGUGGCUGUUAUUUUAAAGUCUGUGAAAUAACUGUAUUUAUUGUAUUGGACCUAACAAACACUAUUUCUGUAAGCUUACACUGAAAUUGUGGUUGAAUAUAGAAAUCUGUCUAAAUAAAUGUAGAAUGGAAUAAUCA